CAGGGGAGUCCACUCGAGAGCGCCUCCUGUCGUCCGUAAGGCUGCCCUGCCAUUCCUCGGCACCCCAACUCCCCCGCCCCCCCAUCGCCGCCUCCUCCUCCAUCCUCCAGUUCAAAAUGGCGACGGCGGCGGCAGCGGCGGCGGCGAUGGCUCCUCCGGGUUGCCCGGGUUCGUGCCCCAACUUCGCCGUAGUCUGCUCCUUCUUGGAGCGCUAUGGGCCGCUGCUAGACCUGCCGGAGUUGCCGUUCCCCGAGCUGGAGCGGGUGUUGCAGGCGCCGCCGCCGGACGUCGGCAACGGAGAAGUACCAAAAGAAUUGGUGGAGCUCCAUUUGAAGUUGAUGAGGAAGAUUGGAAAAUCUGUUACAGCAGACAGAUGGGAAAAAUACUUGAUCAAGAUAUGCCAAGAAUUUAACAGUACAUGGGCAUGGGAGAUGGAGAAGAAAGGAUAUCUUGAAAUGAGUGUUGAAUGUAAACUAGCACUCUUAAAGUAUCUCUGUGAGUGUCAGUUUGAUGACAAUCUUAAAUUCAAGAAUAUUAUUAAUGAGGAAGAUGCUGAUACUAUGCGUCUCCAGCCAAUUGGGCGAGACAAAGAUGGCCUUAUGUACUGGUACCAGUUGGAUCAAGAUCAUAAUGUCAGAAUGUACAUAGAAGAACAAGAUGAUCAAGAUGGUUCUUCAUGGAAAUGCAUUGUCAGAAAUCGAAACGAGUUGGCUGAGACUCUUGCACUCCUCAAAGCACAAAUUGAUCCUGUACUAUUGAAAAACUCUAGCCAGCAGGACAUCUCUUCCCGGGAAAGUCCCAUCUUAGAGGACGAGGAGACUAAAAAAGAAGAAGAAACACCUAAACAAGAGGAACAAAAGGAAAAUGAAAAGACAAAAGGUGAAGCUCGGCUAGUAGAUUCAGUAAAUUGUUCUACAGCCAGUGUUCUAGAAGAGACUACUAUGAAAGUUGAAAAAGAAGAUCAAAAGGAACUUGUGAAACUGCCAGUAAUAGUGAAGGUAGAAAAAACUUUGCCAGAAAUCGAGGAAAAAAAGAUUGUCAAAGAAGAAAGUGAUUCUUUCAAGGAAAAUGUCAAACCCAUUAAAGUUGAAGUGAAGGAAUGUAGAGCAGAUCCCAAAGAUGUCAAAGGUAGCAUGGAGAAACUGGUGGUACAGGAACCCGAGAGGCUAGAGUUUAGUGGCAAUAUCAGAUCUUCUCAAGAAAUUACAGAGAAAUCUACUGAAGAAACUGAGAAACUUAAAAAUGACCAGCAAGCCAAGAUUCCACUAAAAAAACGAGAAAUUAAACUGAGUGAUGAUUUUGACAGUCCAGUCAAAGGACCUUUAUGUAAAUCAGUUACUCCAACAAAAGAGUUUUUAAAAGAUGAAGUAAAACAAGAGGAAGAGACUUGUAAAAGGAUCUCUACCAUUACUACUUUGAGUCAUGAAGGGAGACUAAUGGUAAAUGGAGAAGUUGGUGAUGAAAAGAUAACUCCAACUUUGAAGACAGAACAAAUAGAGACAAAGUUUUAUGAUACAAAGGAAGAUGUCUACAAUAGCCCUUCUAAGGAUAGAAGUGUCAUCAUGGAGGGGAAUGGAGCAGAAUGCUUAAAUUCUGUCAUAACGAGUUUAAAAAUAAGUGAGCUUGAGAAAGAAGUCCUUUUAGGAAAGGUUGUAGAUAGUUCAGUCUCAGUCUUAGAGACCCACAGUCAAAAAGGGCAGUUAGAGGAACCUGGUCCUCCAGAAAUGGAAACUUCUCUUGAGUCUUCUGAGAUAGUAAAGGAUCUCUCUUUAAAAACUGCUUUAUCUGUCACUGAAUCCUGUACCAUGAAAUUAGAAGAGAAGUCCCCCAAAAGUAAGAAGGAUAAGAGUCCACCAAUCCUAGAAUGUCUUGAAAAAUUAGAGAAGUCCAAAAAGACUUUUCUUGAUAAAGACUCACAAAGAUUGAGUCCCAUACCAGAAGAAGUUCCAAAGAGUACUCUAGGAUCAGAACCACCAAGUCCUCCUGAUGCAUCUGAAACUUUCCCACCAACUAAAAUGACUAGGCAUUGUGAAAAACCAGACUUAGAAAAAGAAGGAAUAGAGUGUCAGAGUACAAGUUCUUUUGAAGGUCAGUUCCUGGAAAAAGUAGACCCAGAAAUUCUUAAAAGGGAUUCUGAGUCCAAGAAAGUAGAAAUGGAUAAUCUAGACAAUGAGGAUCCUUCUGAAACAAAGGGUUCUGUGCAAAAAAGCAAAUUUAAAUAUAAGUUGGUUCCUGAAGAAGAAACAACUGCCUCAGAAAAUACAGAGAUAACCUCUGAAAGGCAGAAAGAAGGCAUCAAAUUAACAAUUAGGAUAUCUAGUCGGAAGAAGAAGCCAGAUUGUCCUGCCCAAAUUCCAGAACCAGAAAGCAAGCAAGAGAAGACAGAAAAAGAAGAAGAGAAAACAAAUGUGGGCCCUACUUUAAGGAGGUCUCCAAGAAUAUCUAGACCUACAGCAAAAGUGGCUGAGAUCAGAGAUCAGAAAGCUGAUAAAAAAAGAGGGGAAGGAGAAGAUGAAGUGGAAGAAGAGUCAGCAGCCUUGCAAAAAACAGACAAAAAAGAAAAUUUGAAAAAACUGGAGAAGGAUACAAACUCUAAAGGAGGCAAGGUAAAACCCAAAGGCAAAGUUCGGUGGACUGGUUCUCGAACACGAGGCAGGUGGAAAUAUUCCAGUAAUGAUGAAAGUGACGGGUCUGACAGUGAAAAAUCAUCCGCAGCUUCAGAAGAGGAAGAAGAAAAGGAAAGUGAAGAAGCCAUCAUAGCAGACGAUGAUGAACCAUGCAAAAAAUGUGGCCUUCCUAAUCAUCCUGAACUAAUUCUUCUGUGUGAUUCUUGUGACAGUGGAUACCACACGGCCUGCCUCCGCCCUCCUUUGAUGAUCAUCCCUGAUGGAGAAUGGUUCUGCCCCCCUUGCCAACAUAAACUGUUAUGUGAAAAAUUAGAGGAACAGUUGCAAGAUUUGGAUGUUGCCUUAAAGAAGAAGGAGCGUGCUGAACGAAGGAAAGAACGCUUGGUGUACGUGGGUAUCAGUAUUGAAAACAUCAUUCCUCCACAAGAGCCAGAUUUUUCUGAAGAUCAAGAAGAAAAGAAAAAAGAUUCAAAAAAAUCAAAAGCAAACUUGCUUGAAAGGAGGUCAACAAGAACACGGAAGUGUAUAAGUUACAGAUUUGAUGAGUUUGAUGAAGCAAUUGAUGAAGCUAUAGAAGAUGAUAUCAAAGAGGCUGAUGGAGGAGGAGUUGGCCGAGGAAAAGAUAUCUCCACCAUCACAGGUCACCGUGGGAAAGACAUCUCUACUAUUUUGGAUGAAGAAAGAAAGGAAAAUAAACGACCCCAGAGGGCAGCUGCUGCUCGACGAAAGAAACGCCGGCGACUAAAUGAUCUGGACAGUGAUAGCAACCUGGAUGAAGAAGAGAGUGAAGAUGAAUUCAAGAUCAGUGAUGGAUCUCAAGAUGAAUUUGUUGUAUCUGAUGAAAACCCAGAUGAAAGUGAAGAAGAUCCACCAUCUAAUGAUGACAGCGACACUGAUUUCUGUAGUCGUAGAUUGAGGCGACACCCUUCCCGACCAAUGAGGCAAAGUAGGCGUUUGCGAAGAAAGACCCCAAAGAAAAAGUACUCUGAUGACGACGAAGAGGAGGAGUCUGAAGAUAAUAGUAGAGACUCUGAAAGUGACUUUAGCGAUGAUUUUAGUGAUGAUUUUGUAGAAACUCGGCGAAGGCGGUCAAGGAGGAACCAGAAAAGACAAAUUAACUACAAAGAAGAUUCAGAAAGUGAUGGUUCCCAAAAGAGUUUAAGACGUGGCAAAGAAAUAAGGCGUGUUCACAAGCGUAGACUUUCCAGCUCAGAGAGUGAAGAGAGCUAUAUGUCCAAGAACUCGGAAGAUGAUGAGCUAGCUAAAGAAUCAAAGCGGUCAGUUCGAAAGCGGGGCCGAAGCACAGAUGAGUAUUCAGAAGCAGAUGAGGAGGAGGAAGAGGAAGGCAAACCAUCCCGAAAACGACUACAUCGGAUUGAGACAGACGAGGAGAGCUGUGACAACACUCAUGGAGAUUCAGAUCAGCGUGCCCAUGAUGGUCAGCCCAGGGUCCUGCCCUCAGAGCAGGAGAGCACCAAGAAGCCCUACCGGAUAGAAAGCGAUGAGGAAGAGGACUUUGAAAAUGUAGGCAAAGUGGGGAGCCCAUUGGACUAUAGUUUAGUGGACUUACCUUCCACCAAUGGACAGAGUCCUGGCAAAGCCAUUGAGAACUUGAUUGGCAAGCCAGCUGAGAAACCUCAGACCCCCAAGGACAGCAGCACAGCCAGUGCAAGCCUAGCCCCCAAUGGGACGAGUGGUGGGCAAGAGGCAGGGGCACCAGAGGAGGAAGAAGAUGAGCUUUUGAGAGUGACUGACCUUGUUGAUUAUGUCUGUAACAGUGAACAGUUAUAAGACUUUUUUUUUUUCCAUUUUUGUGCUAAUUUAUUCCACGGUAGCUCUCACACCAGCGGGCCAGUUAUUAAAAGCUGUUUAAUUUUUCCUAGAAAACUCCACUACAGAUUGACUUUUUAGAAGAAAACAAUUUCAUCAUACCCUGAAGUCUUUCUGUGAAGUGACCAGAUUUGAACUUUGAAGAUAAAUAAUUGCUGUAAAUUUCUUUUUAUUUUCUUUUUCCAAGUUCAUGGUCCUUGGUAAUUUCAUUCAUGGAAAAAAUCUUAUAAUAACAACAAAGAUUUGUAUAUUUUUGCCUUUAUAUUUCCUGAGCUCUCCUAACUUUGUGAAAAGGGUGGAUAAGAAUGCAUUCCAAAUCUAUAAGGGCCCAAAACAGAAUUUAGGGGUGGGAGAAAGCACUUGUGCUUUAGCUUUUCAUAUUAAAUAUAUAUUAUAUUUAAACAUACAUGGCAUAGAUGAUGAUUAACAGACCUUUUAAAAGUUCAACUCUGUACUGUUGCAGUUUGAGAAAUAUAGAUAAUGUCAUACAUGAAUCAUUUAGUAAUAGCCUUCGUAAAAUCAACUUGUUUACUAUUGGAGUUACCACACUUUAAAUAAAGAAGAGACCGUGAAAGUAACAUCAUUUAAAAAAAAAAAAAAUUACCCUAAGUUUCUGUUAAAGCGGAGUUUCUUAUUUAAAAAAGAAAACUCAUCUGAAAAGCAUUUGCACAGUAAAAUGUAUAAUGAAGCUUUGACAACCAGAUUGUGCUAGCAACAGAUUUUUUAAAAAAUAGCUUUAUCCAUUGGUAACAAGGUGGCCUCUGUCUCAAGGAGAUUUAGUAAAAUAAAUGUGGUCUUUCCUAAGACCCAGCUGGACUUUGCCAAUAGUAUAACUCCUGCCCUCUGGCCACUUGAUGUUUUAAAUAUCUGAAACAUCAUUUUGAAAAAAAUAUAUGUAUAUGUAACACAUGUGAAGAGAUGCUAAGCUGACAAUGGUAUUUUAGCACAUUUGAAGAGUGGGAAAGGAUUUUCAGGUGAAUUUUAACUGGUCUAUUCUUGCCCUUAGUAUCUACUUCAAAUUGAAGUCUACAAACAAAGCAGUUCCUUUGGGAGGUUUUUGAGUUUUGGUGUGUGUAUGUGUGAGUGUGUGUAUGUGUGUGUGUAUGUAUGUGCAUCUACCUGUGUGUGUGUUGGAUUUCCUAUCUGCCUGGAUAUAUUAGCAGGUUUGAAUGUAGUUUUGGCCUUUGGCCAUUAGACUUCUAUUAAAAUUCAUUAAUAGUCACACGGCCAACAUAAAGUUGAUUGAGAACCGCCGAUAUACCUAAUAGGCAUGAUAUCCAUUUUAAACAUCUCAACACUUUCUAAAGAAAGACAAGCCCUUUGUUUCAAGAAAAGGCAGUGUUUAACUAAAUAACAUAAUUGACACUAAAAUAUGAAUUUUAUCUUAGUCUCUGUUACAGCUGUAAAUUUUCAGGCAGAGCCCUAACAUUGUACAGAAUGUAGCAUUUGUGAUUAAACUUUGCUAUCACAUUCUGAAACCUUCAAUCAGUACUUCUGUGAGUACUUUUGCCCUGGGAUUUGGGUUUUUCUGUUCCAGUGUUGUGUCUGUUGCCGGCAAUGGACACAUCAUAUCUGCUGCUGGCCCACGGAACUUCAGUUUUCUUUCCAAGUUAUGCACUAUAUGUGCUAGUCAGUGUAUAGUAAAGCACUUCUUCUUUUUUUUUUUUUUUUUUUUUAAUUACUAAAAGCUGGCAUAGACUUGCAUUACAAAUACCUCUCUAGAAACUUUGUACUUCUACUUUUCCUCCCACAACAGGUGUUACCCUUAAAUCUUAUCUUUUGGCCUUGAAAGUUUAUAGCUGUUGCUUUUCAGUUGAGUUUUUGUUUCACCUUAGUUCUGUAGUAGCUGCCCAUUAAUAUUUUUGCCUUGAUUCUAGUAAUGUAUAUGUAACCAUAUAAAAAAUAAAAUAAUGAAAGCAGCCUAAAAAUAGGAUGCAACAAUAGCAUGUGGUUCCAAGUAAAUUGUGAUUUUAUUUUGAGACACUUGUUCCACUGGAAGGGAGGGAAGGGCUUACAUUCCCAGGCAGUAAAGCAGGGCUAGAAUGGAGCCACACUCACUUGCAAAACCUUCUUUCCUAGCUAUGUUUGCUUUAUUUAUUUGAAAGUUAGCUAACAAGUUUAAUCUUUUUAACUUUCUAAAAUAGGCAGGCAGGAAGAUUCCUACUAGUGGUGCAAGGUAAGUGGCUUGACAUAUAUAUAGGUGGCCUUUUCUGCCACUCAGUCACCUACUGUUUUAGUCCUGCAGCCAGGUAAAGCCACUAUGAUAUAGAAACUCUCCCUUGUGCCCUAUCUCUACCUCUGGACACAACAGCUCCUCCUUCUACCUAUUAGUCCUAUUCCUCAGUUACGCACAGCUGAUCAGUCGUAUUAAUGGGUAGAUAAUUUAACAGGAUGUCUAUUGUGAAAUAAGGAGUUUUUUUUACCCUUUCAUUAUAUAAAGCCCAAGGUAAUUUUUAUACUAAAGACUGAGUAUUCCACUUAGCAAAUGUCCCACUGACAUAGGUUAUGAAACCACUUGUGCUGCCUGAUAUUUAUCAAACUUGAAUAACUGUGUGUCAACUUGAUACUGAGUGUCUCCCUUCUAAUCUUAUAUUUUGAUUAAUUAUAGCUCAUCUACCAAGAAUAUAAUCCAGGCAGCUAAUAAACACAAAUUAUUACUCUGCAGACUGAUUAUAGAUGAUUAAAUUUUGAACAGUUCUGCUGCUUGGCUUUGGGUUUUGUUUUUUUGUUUUUUUAGUACUGAGGAUUAAACCCAGGGCCUCAAGCAUGGUAGACAUUUGUGCUCCACCACUAAGCUGUAAGUUCCCAGUCUUGCUUCAUGUUUAGAUUCAGCCCCUCAGAAAUACUUACAAUAAAGAUAUUCUGAAGAAGGUUCUUAAAAAUUCUAGGAAAAAGUGUUUUGUAAAAAACACAAUAUAGUCAUUUGCAACUGGAGAAAAUAAAGGAAAGCAGUAAUUUUUAUAGUAUAGACUAUCUAGGAUCAUUCUUAAAGAGCUAUCCAUGGAUUAGAUUCACAAUAGCUGCUGUAUCAUAAGCCCUUUAAUAAUUUAAGCCCCCAAUUUUUUUGAAAUACAACUUGGGCUCCCAUUAUCAAACUCUGGUCUAUGGCAAAUGUAUUAAGACUAGUUUCGUAUUCAGAAGGUUUACUACAAUUUCUGCAAUUUUUCAUAGUGUAGAAGCUUUGAGUUGAAUACUGUAUGAAGAGGACAAAGUCUGGUUUUGCAACAUUUAUGCUGAUAAAAUAGUGUUUGGUAUAAAAACAAUGUCCAUUGUUGGCACAUUACUGGAAAAUGAUGGCAGAUAUUUUAAAGAGAAUACAAGAUAAGGCUGGAUUUCCUUGAUACCCAUUUUCAUUUGCUCAAGGUUGCAGAUUCAGAGGAGUUUCAUUGAGAACAAAUUCAAGUUAUUGGUAAUCUCCUUUUAAAAAAGUGAUCUGCCACAAAACCAAAAAGUUGAAAUGGUAAUGAAGUUGUUGAAAAAAACAUUUUUUAAACACAUUAAUUUUAAAGACUAUUACACAUAUCCAGAUUUCACCGUUUGGAGGAUAGCCCAUUUUAUCAUAUACAUUUUUUUKGGGGGGGGGUACCAGGAAUUGAACUCAAGAGGCACUCAAACACUGAGCCAC